AAAAUACCAACUGAACUGAACUGAACCAACACUGCCUGACCCUUGGCCUGGCUCAGGAGGGAUCCCAGUAGCAUCAACAUUAAGAUCAAAUUCAGGAGUCUCCUGCAACAUGAUGAACUGGAGCUGGAAAAUCUGAAUGUUACUUUGGGAGUUGCCGAUCCAAAGGCCUGGCUUAGGAGUGAUCCCGAGUCACAUGUACCGUCAAGAUCAAGAUCAAGACAUUUGCACCACAACACCGGCGGAGCUUUUCUGGUGUGUGAACCUUGGAAGUGUGCUUCAUGGCUUCCCAAGGCACGGAGAAGGCACUGGCACUGCUCAGGAGGCUGCCGAGGGUGUCCCUGGGAAACCUGAAGCCAAACCCCGGUGCUGUUAAGAGUGCAAGGCGAGGGCGUGGCAUCUACGGCGGCAAGACCCAUGGUGCUGGCAGCAAGGGUUCGGGACAGCGGCAGAACUUCAUGAGGCUCGGCUUUGAGACAGGCAAUACUCCCUUCUACCUGCGCUUCCCCUACCAGAACUACUACAAGGGCCAUCACAUGAGGUUAUCAUACGCUCCUCUGUGCAUGGGUAAGCUGCAGCGCAUGAUUGAUACCAGUCGCCUGCGCACUGAUGUUCCUGUUGACAUCACACAGCUCAGUGCCACUCAGCUGUUCUCCAUCAACCCCAUGGAGAAGAUGGGAGGCAUUAUGCUGAAGGAUGAGGGCAUCGACCAUUUCCAAGCCACACUCAACCUGGAGGUACAAUGGGCAACAGAAGCCGUGAUCGCUUCUGUGGAGCGCAAUGGAGGCACCAUCACAGUGGCUUAUUAUGACCCUAUUUCUCUUCAGGCAGCUCUUAAUCCCAUGGCAUUCUUCAAGAGAGGUGUGGCCAUUCCCCGCCGGAUGUUGCCGCCACAGAACCUGAUAGACUAUUACAGCGACCCAAAGAACCGAGGCUACCUGGCUGACCCCACAGAGGUGGCCAGGGAGAGGUUUGUGCUGGCACAGAAAUACGGAUACGAGUUACCAGACAUCAGAAGCUCACCAAACCAGGAGAUGUUGUUAGAGCGCAAGGAUCCCCGGCAGAUAUUCUAUGGCCUGCAGCCAGGAUGGGUGGUGAAUUUGGAAGAUAAGGUGAUUCUCAAGCCCACUGACCCUGAGCUACUAGAACAUUAUGCAUCUUAACUGUACACACUGUUAUGAAUUUUUCAAAUGUUUUUAGUUUCUAUGUGUAUAUAUAUAUGUUUAUAGAAUUGUAAAAGUAAGAUGUGUGGAAGUAAAGUAAUACCAGGCAACAGAGACCAUGUAAUGCUGAUACAUAAGAACAGAGAGGCAGUAGUGAAUAGGAAUCACACAGAAGGGAGAGCUGUUGUUUCAUCUUGUGUGAAGUAAUCUCUUAGCCUACAGUCAGUUUGUAAGAAAUAAAAUAUGAACUGAUCUAUU